UUUUCUUCAAGAUUUGAGUUUCUUUUCAAAUUGUUUUAUUUUUUUGUAUUUAAAGAGUAAAUUAUUUUUGGUAAUUAGUUAAUUAGUUUAUAAUUGAUCAGCAAUGAUGAUGGACAUGAAUAUUGACGAAGUUAAAAAUAAUGCAAAAAGUCAAAGAAUCUCAGCUCAUAGUCAUGUUAAAGGUCUUGGUUUGAAUGAACAAGGAAUCGCUGAGCCCAUUCACCAAGGUUUAGUUGGACAAACUGGUGCUCGUGAGGCUGCCGGUAUUAUCGUUGAUUUGAUUAAGAUGAAGAAAAUGUCUGGUCGAGCAAUGUUAUUUGCUGGUCCUCCUGGAACGGGUAAAACUGCUAUAGCAUUGGCAAUUUCUCAAGAAUUAGGGACGAAAGUUCCUUUCUGUCCAAUGGUCGGUUCCGAAGUUUACUCAUCUGAGGUGAAAAAGACUGAAGUUUUGAUGGAAAAUUUUCGACGAGCUAUCGGUUUAAGAGUGAAAGAGGUUAAAGAAGUAUUUGAAGGUGAAGUUCUAGAAAUUACACCAGCUGAAACUGAUAAUCCACUUGGUGGCUAUGGGAAGACCAUUAGUCAUGUAAUUAUCGGUCUAAAAACAGCCAAAGGAACCAAGCAACUGAAACUUGAUCCAACCAUUUAUGAAAGUUUACAAAGAGAACGUGUUGAGGUUGGAGAUGUUAUUUAUAUCGAAGCAAACAGUGGAUCUGUUAAAAGACAAGGAAGAUGUGAUUCUUAUGCUACUGAGUAUGAUUUAGAAGCUGAAGAAUAUGUACCGUUACCUAAAGGAGAUGUUCACAAGAAAAAAGAGGUUGUCCAAGAUGUUACUCUUCAUGAUCUGGACUCAGCCAACGCUCGUCCCCAGGGAGGUCAAGAUAUUCUUUCAAUGAUGAGUCAACUUUUAAAACAAAGGAAAACUGAGAUUACCGAUAAACUGAGAAUGGAAAUCAACAAAGUAGUAAAUAACUAUAUCGAUCAAGGUAUUGCCGAAUUGGUCCCCGGAGUCUUGUUCAUUGAUGAAGUUCAUAUGUUGGACAUUGAGUGUUUCACUUAUCUUCAUCGAGCUUUGGAAUCAACUAUUGCACCUAUUGUUAUAUUUGCCACUAAUCGAGGAAAGUGUGUUGUUAGAGGUACCGAUGACAUAAUUUCUCCUCAUGGUAUUCCUAUUGAUCUCCUAGACCGAAUUAUGAUUAUUAAAACAGUUCCAUAUACUCGAGAAGAAAUUAAGGAGAUUGUUAGAAUCCGAGCAGCAACAGAAAGAGUGUUAAUCGAGGAAGAUGCAUUAUUACCCGAGAAAAAAACUCGUGAAUGGUUUUUCCAGAUCGCCGAUGCACUUACCUUUCUACACAAUAAUCUGGGAAUCGCUCAUCGAGACAUGAAAGUGGAAAACAUCUUGUUCAAUACCGAAAUGGAAUGUAAAUUGACCGAUUUUGGUUUUGCUCGAGUUUGUUUUGACCUUUCAACUGGUCUUCUUCGUCUAAGUGAAACAUUCUGUGGUACCGAACCUUAUUAUGCACCCGAAAUCAUUGAACGUGAACCUUAUAACCCAUUCUUGGCCGAUGUUUGGGCCACGGGUGUCGUUCUAUUCGCCAUGUUGAACAACCGAUUUCCAUAUCAUUAUCAAGAUCUAAAGGUCAUGUUGAAACAACAAUAUGGUCACUCGUACAAAUGGAGAGCCGGUGUUGAAGAAGCGACUUCCAAGGAUUGUAAAGAUUUACUCUGGAAAAUGUUGGAGGGCGAUACGAAGAAACGAUUAAACAUGAACGAAGUCAUGGACCAUCCGUGGCUCAAGAAUUACUCCGCAAAGAGAGGCGAUUAUAAUUGAUUUAAUUCUAUUCUAAUCAAUUUAAAACGACAAUCAAUCCAACAUCAAUCCUGAGAGAGAGAGAUGGAAAUUCACUAAGGUGAACAAAAAAUUCACCAAAAGAAUCAAAUUGUACGUUAGUCUGAUUCUUUGAUGGAUUCAACAACUAUCAUGAAAUGAACUUUGUCUCUUUUCAUACUCUCUCUCUCUCUCUUCCCUUUACUAUUUCAUUCAUCAUUAUUAUCAUUUCCUUUUAAAAUUAUUCUGAAAAAAUAAAUGUAUAUUUUAUUGUGAGAAGAAUUGAUCAAAAUA